AUGUCUGAGAAAAACAUAAACACCGACACCAACAAUAAUCAAUUAGUUGAGAUCAACGACAACAACAACAGCAAGAAGCAGCAAUUAGCUCCUAAUAGAAGGUCCUCUGUUUCUGCUGCAACAGAACAGGGGAGCCCUGUUUUCGCCGGAAGCAAAUGGGCGGCGAUGGUGAACGGGAAUUUGGUGGGGAGAUCGGGUUUGGGAAACGAGUUUUGGCCAUCUGGGACAGGGUUUGUCGGUAAUUUUUGUGGUAGUGGUGGUAAUAGCAGUAGUCAGGCGUCACGAACAAUAGUAGAGGGGGGUUGUUAUGGUGGCGGUGGAAAGAUUGGCGGGUUUCAUCACGACGGUGGUGGGAUGGAAUUUCUUAAUGUAGGGUUGAUGAGUUUUUACUUGAUGUUUAGUGGGUCGUGUUUGAAUCCCGGUUUGGAGCUCGGGCUUUCACUGGACAACUUGUUGAAUUCUUCUUCUCAUGGGUUCAGCCAGUUCUAUCAGCAGAUGGCUCUUGCCCGAGCUGUCGUUGCUGUGGCGGACUCCAUGAAUCAGAAUCAUAAUCAGCAACAGGAGGAGGAAGGGUCUUUGGAGAAGGAUGAAUCGUCUCACGGAUCAAGGAUUUAA